AUGGAGGCAACCGCAGACCCCGACGAGGCAAGCGACGUCGCAUUGCUUAAUGCAGUUGAAGCGCUAAUUGGUGCUGCCGCAUCGAGCACCUCGAAACGGCGUAAGCACUACACCUUUAAGCAGAAAAGGGAGAUACUCCGUGCCACCGAAGGCAUGAGUGAGCGGGAGGCGGCGCGAACGCAAGAAGAGGGUGGCCACCAUCAAGAGAACCAUCCAAGCACAGAAUCUCAGUCAGAUAUCUCCCCAACGGGCCUGAUUCCGUCACUUGUGUUAAUUCUCGGGCCCUCUGCUGCCGCACGCGAGUACAAGACGAGUGUCACAAGAGCUACGGCAAGUCGGCCCAUGAAGAAAAAUGUAGACGGUCAAAUGCAGGCCGGCGUGAUUCUACAGAGUCACGUCGGCUCCCGUGGGAUUCGCAACAGCUUGUGUGAGAGCUAUGUCGCGCAUCCGAAGGAGCUUUCCGAUGUCACCACAUUUAUUGUCGACGCUCCUGCCAACUUGGUGUCGUGCUAUUCAGGAACGUACAUCCUGGGAGUCUACGCCAGGUCCGACUCACCCAUGAUCUUCGAUAGGGAUGUCAGCCGAGCAUUGACCGAGCUUCAGCCGGAUUACGACGAUUUCAAGUGUAAACAUACGAGCUUCGUGCAGUACCACAUGCAGCUAGUCAGGGAACUUCGGCACCAUUCGUUUGAGCACCUCGGUCAUGACUUCCCGACGCUGUCUUCUGGGACCCCUUUUGAGUAUUCCAUCUCGAAAGCAUCUGCGCGUUCGCAGACUACAUCGCCGGCUGGCUGUGGUGAUGCCCAGUUGACUUUGCGGACGGGGUUCUUGUACCAGUGCGCGGGUGGAGGGGUCGUGAUCAGCGCGCUCAUCGGCGACUCCACAGUAUUUGGCUGGAAGAUACGCUUUUCCGGAUAA